GAUCGUGGAGCCGAGGGAUGGCAGCCGGCUGCGAAAUGAAGCGCCUGCUCUUCCUCCUGGGCAUCCUGCAGCUCCUUGCUGCCACCGCUGCCGUGUACAAGCAGUGGAUCCCCAACACCAAUUUUGAAACUGCCUCCAACUGGGAUAAAGGCAGAAUCCCCUGUGCCAGGGAUGUGGUUCACUUUGAGAAAGACAAGGUUGUCUCAGUCUUCGUCAGGUCUCCCCACGCGCUGACAGACAUGUACCUGCCCCUGAACGGAGAAUUCCUGCUGGCAGCUGGUGCAGCCUUCACAGCUUUCGAUGGCAGCUGGGAUCCAGGCUGCGACUCAGGUGGAACAGCGAGGUUCACCGACACUGAGCACCGCUCGUGGUUCGACCCCACGCUGUGGCAGGAUGUUCUUCCCAGCGGGGAGCUCAGGCCAAGCGGGCCCAUCUUCUCUGUGGAUGAGGAGCGCGUCCCGUGCCGCUACGAUGAUGUUAUCUUCCAGCCCGAAACCUCCUUCCGGGUAAACACCGACUCAUCGCAGCCCGUGAUUCACCUCCGCAGCAUUUCUGUCAUGGGCCAGGAGCUGAACACCCCAUCAUCCUGGGCUGGGUACCUGGGGGGCCCCUCUGCCCCGCUGCAGUUUCAUGGCAAUGGCACUCUCCAGGUGACAGGCACUGGCUGUCCUGAUAAGUCUGGCUGUGCCUGCGGGAACGCCCUGGAUGGCCCCCGCAUCUGUGCAGCCCUGCUCAGGGCAUCAGGGAGGCAGUGCCCAGAGCCAGCGUGCCAGAGCCCUUUGCAGCCCCUUGGCCACUGCUGUGGGGUCUGUGGGGCCACCAUUAACCUGGAUUUUACUCCCGAUUUUGACCUUCAGAAGUACCAGGACAGAUUGGUCCAAGAGUUGCUGAGCCAGCCCAAAUAUGCUGGCGUGCAGAUGGCCAUAUCCAAGGUGCACAAAGCACAGACCUUCCUGGGCACCAUGUCCCGAAGCGCCGCUCCUCUCAUCCAAAUCGUGCUGAUUGAUGACAGAGCAGGAGUGCAGGCGGGCACCGCUGCGGAGCAGCUGGCAGCAGACAUCAUGCAGAACAUAGCACAGCACGGUGAAUCUCUCGGCAUUUCAAAUGGCAAAAUGGAAGUGGCCACUGGCAGCACUGCCAGCGGGCAAGUGGGGAGCCACCCAGUGAGCAGGAUCACAGCGGGGACAGUCAUGGGGCUACUCUUCAGUCUCCUGUUCCUUGGAGGGAUCCUCUUUCUCUACAGAAAGGGAAAGCUGAGGAGCCUCCAGAUGCUGACCUUGGAGAGGAGACACCCAAAGAUCUCCAGGUCUUCUACCUCAACCCUCUGUAUGAUGCAAGCGAGACGGAGACGUGAUGGUGUGGACUCAUGCUGGGGGCAGACACCACUCCCUUGGGGACAUCACCGCCUCUCCAGCCCUCACAGCCCCUCACAGUCCUUCACAUCACUCCUGGUGGGAUUUAAGUCAGAAGCAGAUCCCACCUGAAUAAAAGUGUCUGUGCAGUGAAGGAAACCAUCGCAAACCUUCACUGUUGGGAUUCAGUCACAUGGACAUGGCCUCCUUGGUGUUACUUCUGGGUUUUAAACUGUAUUUUGCAGGUGUCAGUUCUUUUUAGAUAAUUCAACAUUGAGAUUUGGGUCUCAGAUGG